AAGCAGCACAAAACCAACUGUUUUUCCUUUAUUUUGAAGUGUCAAAACCCAAUAUUAUAGAGGUAAACAUUGUGAAGAAAAAUGGAAAAACAGAUGGUAUUUGCAUGGGUAAUGAUAUUUUGCCUCGCCAUAGCACCAGUCUAUGGCCAACACUACUCCAAACCUAUUAAGCUAGGUGGUCGGGUGGAAAAGAAGACGCGACUCCGCUUCUUCUACCACGAUUUUCCCGGUGGCAAAAAUCCUACUACAGUGCUGUUAGCUCAGGCCAACAUCACCCAGGAUUUCUUUUCCCCAUCCCCAUACAGCAGCUUGUAUGCAAUGGAUGAUCCCCUCACUAUAGGGCCUGAACGAACAUCCACCAACAUCGGAAAUGCCCAAGGGCUCUACAUAGCAUUAAGUCGAGAUCCUAACAAGUUCACUGCAGUUUUAUACGCGGAUUUUGCUUUUACCACCGGCAGGUUCAAUGGAAGCUCAUUCAGUUUGUUCUCACGAUAUCCCCCCACUGAUUUUGUUCCUAGCCCCGACACAAUUUGUGAAAUGGCGAUAGUGGGAGGGAGAGGUGCGUUUAAGAUGGCGAAAGGGUUUGCCCUAUUACGGGCCACUUCUUCUAACGCCAUGACUGGAGAUGCUAGUCUCGAGGUCAAUGUUACCUUGUACCAUUACUAAACUCAAUUGCAGAAUAUUGAAUUUCAUAUUAAGAUCAAUAAAAGAGUAUACUCCUAACUCUCAAACCAAUUAAUCAGUA